AUGCCUUUCACUCAUGCCUCACGCCUCCGUCUCCAUUCUCCUCAGGAAUUCACUUCGAUGGAUUGGUGGAGGAACAAUUUCUGGAUCAUCCUAGCUGUGGCCAUCAUCAUAGUGUCUGUGGUCCUGGGUCUCAUCCUGUUCUGCGUCUGUAGGCAGCUGCUCAGACAAGGCAAGAAAUUUGAAAUCGUUAGGCACAAGAAACAAAUGCAUAAAGAUGAAGAAAUAAUGUAUGAGAAUGUUCUCAAUGACUUGCAGGUCCAAUCACCCCCUCUGCCACCCAGGGAUUUCCUUUCUCAGCAAGAUGCCUCCCCGCAGGAAAACCCAAGUGAGCCGCCAGCGACCUACUCCUUGGUAAAUAAAGACAGAUAUAUGACGACAGUGUCCAUCCCCAGCUACAUCGAGCCUGAGUGUGACUAUGAUGACGUUGAGAUGCCUGCAGGUCUGCCAAGCUGUGAUUUUGAAACAACCGUUUCUUCUUUUUGGCAAGUUGAAGAGGCUUCGUACAUCUUAUAAAACCAUCAAGAACGGCUGAACCUCUGUGUCCGGUCCCGGUGGAAAUGUUACACGCUCUGUACGAUAAACGCUGCCUGAACCUUAGGUGGCGACGCGCUAGCGAUCAAAUGACUGCAGCCAGAGAAGGGCCCGGCUGCGGGGCCCCGAGGACCGAGGGCGGUCGGGCCCGUGCG